CCCCCCCGGGCGCGCAGUUCUGACAUCACUUCCGGCGCAGCUUUCUGCCCCGGAAGCGCGGCGGCUCCGCGCUGAGGGUCGCGCCAUGGCGGACGACGGCGGCGAGGAGAAGAAGCAAGUGGCCAAGUUCGAGCUGGAGCGGGAGACGGAGCUGCGGUUCGAGGUGGAGGCGUCGCAGACGGUGCAGAUGGAGCUGCUCAGCGGCAUGGCUGAGGUGUUCGGCACCGAGCUCACCCGCAACAAGAAGUUCACGUUCGACGCCGGCGCCAAGGUGGCCGUGUUCACGUGGCACGGCUGCACCGUGCAGCUCAGCGGCCGCACCGAGGUGGCCUACGUGUCCAAGGACACGCCGAUGCUGCUGUACCUCAACACGCACACAGCGCUGGAGCAGAUGCGGCGCCAGGCAGAGCGCGAGGAUGAGCGUGGGCCCCGCGUCAUGGUGGUGGGACCCACCGACGUGGGCAAGUCCACCGUGUGCCGCCUGCUGCUCAACUAUGCCGUGCGCCUGGGCCGCCGGCCCACCUUUGUGGAGCUGGACGUGGGGCAGGGCUCUGUCUCCAUCCCUGGCACCAUGGGCGCGCUGUACAUCGAGCGGCCGGCCGACGUGGAGGAGGGCUUCUCCCUCCAGGCCCCGCUCGUGUACCACUUCGGCUCCACCACGCCUGGCACCAACAUCAAGCUGUACAACAAGAUCACGUCCCGCCUGGCCGACGUGUUCAACCAGCGCUGUGAGGUGAACCGCCGCGCCUCGGUCAGUGGCUGCGUCAUCAACACCUGCGGCUGGGUGAAGGGCUCUGGUUACCAGGCGCUGGUGCACGCCGCCUCCGCCUUCGAGGUGGAUGUGGUGGUGGUGCUGGACCAGGAGCGGCUCUACAACGAGCUCAAGAGGGACCUGCCCCACUUCGUGCGCACGGUGCUGCUGCCCAAGUCUGGUGGCGUGGUGGAGCGCUCCAAGGACUUCCGCCGGGAGUGCCGGGAUGAGCGCAUCCGUGAGUACUUCUAUGGCUUCCGUGGCUGCUUCUACCCCCACGCCUUUGAUGUCAAGUUCUCCGACGUGAAGAUCUACAAGGUGGGGGCUCCCACCAUCCCGGACUCCUGCCUGCCGCUGGGCAUGUCACAGGAGGACAACCAGCUGAAGCUGGUGCCGGUGACGCCGGGGCGGGACAUGGUGCAUCACCUGCUGAGCGUCAGCACUGCCGACAGCCCUGACGACAGCAUCUCGAGCACGAGCGUGGCAGGGUUCAUCGUGGUGACAGGCGUGGACCCCGAGCGCCAGGUGUUCACCGUGCUCUCGCCCGCGCCGCGCCCGCUGCCCAAGAACUUCCUGCUCAUCAUGGACAUCCGCUUCAUGGACCUCAAGUAGGGCCGAGCCGGAGCGGCCCCGGCGCCCCCCCCCGGGUUUAUUUUACACUUUUGUACCGGUUCUUAUUAAACCUCGAGGCCUCUCG